AUGGCGUCGGUGUGGAAACGAUUGCAGCGCGUGAACAAGCGCGCUGCUAAAUUCGAAUACACAGCUUCGUACCACCGCAUAGAUCUAGAGACCACGCCCAAAUGGAAACCUAACAAGUUGAGCGUGGUGUGGACUCGUCGGUCACGGCGUGUUUUGACCGAGCCUAAAGACUGGGAGCCCUCGCUCAAAGACCCUCUCAAGGGUUCUGUAAUAUUUCCCGUGCCAGAAAACCACACUGUGGCGGUGACUCUAUUUAAGGAUUCUCGCACUAAUGAACUAGAAGAUAAGGAUUGGACGUUUGUGCUAGAAGAUGUGUCGGCGACGGGUAAGCGUAGACGCGUGGCGUCUUGCAAUGUGAACAUGCGCAAGUACGCUAGUCUCGAACCCGCGCAAAGACCUCUGCGACUCAAGCUAGACCCCUGCACUGCCAAGGUUGCGGCUGCAUCGUUACAUUUGACACUCCACUCUGUGUUACUGCGUGAAGGACCGGCAACUGAUGAGGAUAUGCAAUCAGUGGCCUCAUUGUUGUCAGUGAAUAACAACUCUGAUAUAGCCGUGUUGGAAGAUCUCGAGGAGGAUGACAUCACACUCUCCGAUCACUCCACCAAACAGAUGUUGGAUCUGCGUCAGCAAAUGGAGGAGAUGACGCAGAGUUUGACGAGUAGCGACAUGGCGUGCACUCCUAAUAGCGUGCAGAGUCUCAAAUUCGACCCUCGCACCCCCACUGACCCUCUUACCCCCACGCCCACCCAACCCGCACCAAUGUCUACCCUCCCCGCCUCCACUAAUUCCGCCUUAACAUCUACCCCCGUCCCGGGUGAAGAACUACCACCUCGAUCGGAGCUCACCGCACAGCUGCAUUUCGAUGACACUUUGAAAGGUGCCAUAUUCAAGCCGAGGACGGUAGCGAAAAGGAACCUUAAGCCUUUAGAGUUAAAAACGAAUCUGAACAACAUCGGAUUGGAUAGCAACUACAACGAGAGUGAUGCUGAUAAAACGCCCACUCCGGGUGACAGGGCGUUAAAUCUAUUCACUGCCGAGAAAGAUAAUACCCCGGUGGGCGAGUUGGUGAGAUGGUGUAGCGUGGUGACCCGCGAAUACGGCGCUCGGUGUGCUUGUGACCAGGGAUUACGUUCAGGACUCGCCUUCUGUGCCAUCAUACACCGAUUCCGGCCAGAUCUUAUUGAUUUCUCGGGUUUGCAGCCGGAGGAUGCGGAGACAAAUCUGAAGGUGGCGCUGGAAGCUAGCGCGGCCCUAGGGCUGCCGCGGGUGCUCUGCCCCGCCGAUGUACUCAGGCCUGUGCCCGAUAAGCUCGCAAUUAUGACGUAUCUCUUUCAACUGAGAGCGUACUUUACAGAUAACGAAUUGCAAGUUGAACAAUUAGGUAACGACGAGACGGAGUCGUCGUAUCUGGUGGGCAGACACGACACUGACGGCGCAUUGUCCCGCGACUUGUUCUCCAGGGAGGUCAGCGCGCGGCGAUCACGCACUCUAAUACGACCGGCUAAUAUCAAAACGCGUGAACCCGUGACCCCUCCGAGUGAAGUGUCACCACGACAUAAACCUACCGCGCAUUGGUACGCACCUCUCACUCCCACACAGGUUGCCGCGCGUCCGGAGCGUCUAAUGACGCGUAAGGAACUCACGGAUCCUUUCGGAUCUGACGAAGAGGACGAAUCGCCGCAACAUACUGUUAAAAAUGACCAAAAACCAUCCAUAGAGCCGGCUACUACUGACCCGUUGAAUUGUCUACAAACAAACUCCGAUUCGGACAACAAACAGAAUGACAACCGGACGGUACCCGAAGACAACCGGACGUUACCGGACGAAAGUCGGACGCCACCGGACACCAACCAGCAGGAGAACAAACAGCAGAAAGCGACUACGCCCGAUCUACCGAAACCAACACCUCAAUUACUAUCUAGACACGAUGAAUUAAAAGAAAGAGCUAGACAGCUCUUGGAAGCUACGAAACGAGAAGCGAGGGAGAAAGAUAGAUUGAAAAGGCAGAGUUCGAAAGAGAAGGAACAAAACGAGGUUGUUAAAGAGAACGGACUUAGGAAUGGGGAUACGAGUCCAAAGAAGCCGAUGACAGAAGAGGAAAGACAAGCGAUGCUCCGGGAGAGAGCGAGAAAACUAAUAGCGGAUGCGAGAGCCGGUAUACUUAGUCCCACAUCGCCCUUAUCUCCUUCGCGCACGCGCCCAACGCUAGAGAUAAUCUCCAAGCAGUCUCUUAUGGAUGAGAUUGCAGCAGCGGGAGGUGUGGAGUCCCCCAUGAGUCCCGCUAGUCCCACUCGACGCAGCCCUGUCAGUCCCGAUGCUUCAGAAGAGUUGAGUGAAAGCAGCGGUCGUGAUGGUCGCGGUUCGACUGGGGGAUCCCCGUUGAGGUCCUUCUCAGCACUAGUCGACAGACUGACGCCUGAUAAAGAUAACCUUGAUGAAAGUCGAGAGACCGGUUCGUAUAUUCAAAGUGAAUUAGAAGCGUUGGAGCGCGAACAGAAAUCCAUCGACGAGCGAGCGGCCGCUUUAGAGAAACAAUUACGACGUGUCAUGGAAGCAGCUGGCAACACUGAGGAAGAAGACAGGUUGAUGUCACAAUGGUUCAACCUUGUUAACAAGAAAAACGCACUUCUACGCAGACAAAUGCAGCUCAAUAUACUCGAGCAAGAAGAAGAUUUGAGUCGUCGUUGCGAGCUGUUAGCGCGUGAACUGCGUUUAUCGCUAGGUGUUGAUGAGUGGAGAAAGACACCUGGACAGAAGAGAAGAGAGAGACUGCUGCUACAGGAGCUGCUCUCGGCGGUAAAUGAAAGAGACAGACUGGUGCAAGAAAUGGACGAGCAAGAGAAAGCGAUAGCCGACGACGAUGCGAUAGAGCGCAAUCUCUCCCAAGUGGAGAUACAACGCAAAAACAACUGUAUCCUCCAGUGA